CACAUGAUCAUUCAGAAAUCAUUCUAAGAUGCUGAUAAUUUUUUUAAACAGUUGCUCUGACAAAAGAAUAGCAUCUGUUUGAAACAAAAAAUCUUUUGUUCCAUUAUAAAUGUCUCUAUAAAUGUCACAUCUGAUCAAUUUAAUGCAGCAUUCUAGAUAAAAUAAGGAGUUAAAAAAAUCCAUAUCUAAGCUUGAACUGUCAGUGUAGAUCUCCGGUUGAGGCCAGUUCUACUGAUGCAAAUUCACCUGGAAUGUUGACAGAAAGUCCCUCAGCAGCCCAGAGUGGAAAAUACAGGACUACUGGAAUCCACAAGCACCAAAGAUGUUCCUGGACACCACAUGGGGGUUUUUGAGCUAUAUAUACACUGUACAGACAUUUUGAGAUAUGAUGGACAUUAUUAACUCAAGGAUGAAAUUUCAACCCGCUGAACAUCAGCUGAUAUAUUAGUCAUUAGGAAAGAAAUAUGUUGUUUUUGUCAAGGCCAUGUAGCACUAUGAAUGCAGUACAUCACUGCAGAGUGAACACGGCCGCAUAUUCACAGCUUUGGACUGAUCACACGACAGCAGAUGGCUGAUUUAGAUAAGAUACAGAUAUGUGCAGAAUAAAGAUGUGUAUUUCUAGAUAAUGAGAUGACUGGUAGUAUUUAAGCCUUUGGAAAGUCAGGUAUAACGUAAAGGUUGCUUGAGUUCUAAAAAUCCAGAUAAAUGUCAAAACUAGCUUACAGUGUAGUGUGGGAAUCUUAUGAAUGUUCUAAAAUGCUGAUCAGUUCCAUCCUCACCCACCAGCUACAAGACACAAGGGAACAUCAGUCAAACCAGCAGUGAGACGCAGUGUCACAUGGGUUCAAAAAUCUCUUCAAAAUGACUUCUUUUGAAUUUUACCACUGUGCUUUGAGUUUCCAGACAAGGGAGUCUAUGAGGAUGUUAUCAGGCGGGCUGACGUCAGCCAAGACAAGGAUCUGUAUCCGCUAUUGUUGAGUGCAUGCUGAGAGUCAGCUGGGGCUGGAAGAGGUUAUUGAGUGUCUGUAAGGAUCUCUUGCCAUGGCACCUGCUGAGGGCAGAUGAGGAUGGCUCUGCUGGGAGGGAAGUUGCCAAGUGACUGCGUGUGAACCUACAGCCAUGUCCACAGCUAUAGUGAUGGAGCAUUCAGGAGCUGAUGCCAGCCUCCUCCAGUCCUGUGGAACAGCAGACAGUCUCGCCUCCCUGGAAGAUGCCACCGCCGAGUCCACAGCAAAUGAGUCAUCGGAGGAGGAAUCAGCAUGUGCCAGAGAAGAGCAAUCAAAUACCAAAGCCCAACAGAGCACACACACAGAAUCAGGUGCCACCCCUCGUCCCAACUCGCUCUCCCUGCCCGCUAAGGGCACAGAGCUCUGGACGACACACAGGGAUGGAGAGGUGAAGCUCAGGAUGGGUGAGUCCGGCCCUGAGGCUGAACCCCCGUUGACUGUGAACCAGAUGUUCACUUCUACAGUCCAACGCUUUGGCAACUACAACGCGCUGGGCUGGAAAGAUGGAGAGCAGUGGAAAACCAUGACAUACAACGAGUACUACAAGUCUUGCCGCACUGCUGCCAAGAGCUUCCUCAAGCUUGGUCUGGAGCGGUACCACGGCGUCGGUAUCCUCGGGUUUAACUCGGUCGAGUGGUUUAUUGCUGACAUCGGGGCUAUUUUAGCUGGGGGGUUUGCUGUGGGCAUCUACACCACCAACUCACCCGAGGCGUGCCAGUAUGUGGCGGAGAACUGCCAGGCCAACAUCCUUGUGGUGGAAAACCACAAACAGCUUCAGAAGGUCUUGCAGGUCCAGGACAAAUUACCGCACCUAAAAGCCAUUAUCCAAUACAAAGAUGAGCUGAAAGAGAAAAAGCCCAAUCUCUACACGUGGGCAGAGUUUAUGGACCUGGGCCGCGAAGAGCCUGAUACUCAGCUGGAUGACAUCAUCAGCUCCCAGAAACCCAAUCAGUGCUGCACACUGAUCUACACAUCCGGAACCACGGGCCAGCCAAAGGGAGUCAUGCUUAGUCACGACAAUCUCACGUGGACAGCAUAUGCAACUGGCCGAAACGUGACCCUGACAGAUGCAGAUAAGCUACAGGAAGUGGUCGUGAGUUACCUGCCUCUCAGCCACAUUGCUGCACAGAUGAUUGACAUCUGGCUUCCCAUGAAAGCAGGAGGAGUCACAUACUUUGCACAGCCUGAUGCACUAAAGGGUUCUUUGGCUAACACUCUACGAGAAAUACGUCCUACCGCGUUCAUGGGUGUGCCGCGGGUGUGGGAGAAGAUGCAGGAAAAGAUGAAGUCGAUUGGAGCCAAAUCGUCCACCGUGCGCCGAAAGGUGGCGUCCUGGGCCAAAGACGUGGGCAUGCAGACCAACCUCAAGAAAAUGGAGCUUAAUGGCACCCUGUCCAGAAAGCCAUUAAACUAUCGACUUGCGAAGCGUCUGGUGUUCCGGAAGGUUCGGAAGGCGCUGGGACUGGAUCGCUGUACGAGGUGCUACACGGGAGCAGCUCCCAUAACCAAAGACACCCUGGAGUUUUUCCUCAGUCUGGACAUUCCUCUGUUUGAGCUCUAUGGCAUGAGCGAGAGCUCUGGACCGCACACCAUCUCCGUGUCCGAUGCCUUCAGACUCACCAGCUGUGGAAAGGUGAUUCCAGGCUGCAAGACAAAGAUCUUCAACCCUGAUAGCGAUGGCAAUGGAGAGAUUUGUUUCUGGGGCCGUCAUGUGUUCAUGGGCUACUUGAAUAUGCUUGAUAAAACCGAAGAGGCUCUGGAUGCAGAUGGCUGGCUGCACUCGGGUGACCUCGGAAAACACGACCAGGAUGACUUCCUGUUUAUCACCGGACGCAUUAAAGAAUUGAUCAUCACAGCCGGAGGUGAAAAUAUUCCCCCAGUGCCUAUUGAGGAUGCUAUUAAAGAGGCUGUUCCGCUCAUCAGCAAUUCCAUGCUUAUCGGAGACAAGAGAAAGUUCCUCUCCAUGCUGCUCACCAUUAAGUGUCAGGUAAACAACGAAACGGGCGCUCCCGAAGACGAACUGACUCCUGAGGCGGUGGAGUUGUGUCGUAAACUCGGCAGCAACUCCACGCGAGUCAGCGAGAUCGCCGGUGGCCGGGACCGAGUCGUGCACGCGGCUAUUCAAGAAGGCAUCAACCGCGUCAACGAGAAAGCCACCUCUAACGCCCAGCGCAUCCAGAAAUGGACCGUUUUGGAGAAGGAUUUCUCAAUCACUGGCGGAGAGCUGGGGCCCACGAUGAAACUCAAGAGGCCAGUGGUCACGAAGAUGUACAAAGACCAGAUUGAGAACUUUUACAAAGAAGUCUUGACCCCAGCCACCCCAGACAACCCUUUGCCUCCUAAAUAGGUGUCCAACAAAAGGACUUGUCGCCCACUUCAGAGACAGGAGACAAAGGGACUGACAUGGUCUAAAAAAAACACACACUUACACUCAGACCUUGUGUUUUGCUUGUGUCCAUUUUUUAGUUAAUAUUUGUUCAGGGUUUUUUAAUUGUUAUUUCAUACUGUUUACAUUUUUCUGUAUUAUAGUAAGAAGGAAAACAUGUUUAAAAAAACAAAAAGCCAUUUGUGAAUUUGACUUUUUUUAUUUUAUUUUUGUGGUGAUGUACUAUUUAUUUUCUUGCCUAAUUAUAAUGAAGUGUCUUUUGAGCCAUGUUCUUGAUUUAUAUGUAAGUGCAGGUGACUUGAAUGUACGUGUUCAAAGAUGCCAGUUAAUUUAUGGUUAAAUUUAACAACAAAGUUUUAGAAAUCUUAAUACCUAGCAAGCAAACUUACACAUCAGGCAUGACUGAAUACUUUGAGAAAAGCAUUUUGUGGUUGUGCUCUUUCAUCAAUGGCACUGCUGCCACCAAAAAGACUGACGGCUUAAAGAAAACUAGUAACAACCUCGAGACGUGUGAAGAUCAUUUAGCAAGAAUCCCGUUAUAAGCCAUAAAUGUUUCUGUUUGUUUGUUUUUUGUUACCAAAUGUGUCAUUUGAAUGUUUGUUUCGCUUAUGCAGUUGGAUAAUUUUGUCAUUUGAAUUCUUUGUAAAAAUUAGUCUGUUAUAUAAUGUAAAUACUUAAUGCAUACAUUUGAUGCUUUGCUGUGUCAAUCCUUAAAGUAGCAAGAGGUUGGAUGUCAUGCAGUCUCUAUGAAAAACCAUAUAAUCAGAAUUGAGAGAACAGGUUAAUAUUUAUCUUAUGAAAAUGGGGAUAUGAAGGAGCUGGUGUGAGGAGGUCAGAAUUUGAGUCACCAAGCUAUGUUGCAUUAUUUUUUUUGCUUUGCAUGUGCAAUAAGGAUAUUUCGACCAAAAAUGUAACAGAUUUUUUUUUUUUUUUUAUUGUAUGCCGCAUAGUAAAAACAAUAACAAUGCAAUAUAGAAAAAGCAUAUGGGUUGAUCAAAGAGGUUAAAUGAUCGAACUUUGGAAAGUGCUUAUAUGACUGCAAAUCACUUAAUGCAAACCCAAAGAUAUGAUUUUCCCUCUUUAAAUAUAUUCGUUUUAUCUAACUAAAAAGCUUUCCUCAAAUACUGGACCUGUUACUUCAGUGUGUAUACUCUCUGACUGCAUAACAUGACCACAGCAAGGCCUUUUUGUAAAUAAGACAUAGUUUAAUUUGUGCAUGUAAUGAGACAAGUUGUUUGCUCGAUGAGAAUAGGUGAGAAUGAAGGUAGAACUAGUAAGUGAUAUCCUUUCUUCUAUCUGGGAUUUCUAUUAUGGUUUCAACUAAAUUACUUUUUCAAAAUCUGCUUACAUUUAAAAAAAAAAAAAAAAAAAAAAGUUUCUUUUUAGACAACAAUCCUGUGACUGUUCAAUGCAAGUCUGAUCUAGAUUUGGAGCAGCUUGAAGGGCAGUCCAUUUAGAAAUGUGUAAACAUGAACAUGAUUUGAAGUCUCAGACUGUGAAAGGAUCACCUGGUUUUACCUGACUCUGAAAACUAUUGAAUUGGGUGACAGUUUGUUGUGUAGUGUGAUGUUAAGGGUUUCUGAAACGUGCAUGUCAUUGUUGAAACUGGAUUACUGAACCUAGUUGAAUUUGGGAGAUGAAACUCCAGGAUUCUACUUGUAUGUAUGUAUGUGUGAAUUAUCACUUUACUGGACAAUAAAUGUGAUGUAACCAUGAUUAAA